AUGAAGAAUCAGUUACGACGACUGAAGAAAGAGCCAGCAUUGUUGACAGAGUAUGAUUCUAUCAUCAGAGAACAGGUAGAGCGAGGGAUUGUAGAACAAGUAGCAGCAUUAGAGAAAGUUGAUAAAGUUCAUUAUUUACCACACCAGGCGGUCAUUCGCAAGGAUGCAGUGACCACAAAGGUUCGGGUUGUUUAUGAUACUUCCUCUGAGGAAUGUAAGUCAGGAAUAUCACUUAAUGACUGCUUGCAUGUUGGGCUAUCCCUCAAUCCAUUACCAUAUAGCAUAUUGAUACAGUUUAGAGAAAACAGGAUCGCUAGUUUAGUAGGCGAUAUUGAAAAGGCUUUUUUGAAUGUGGAGGUUGAUCACAGGGGGCAGAAAAGUACGAUUGUGUUUAUUUAAAAUACCUUGUCAUCAACCAAUAUAUCGCAUAGUUUCAUCCAGGUUUCAUCACGAUGAAAAUUAUGUUGAUUUUCGAUAAUAUCAUGUCUACUACUUCAUGUAAAUCAAACAUUGUAUUACCAUGACUGACCAUAGUAGCGUGGGCUCAUACUAGAACGAUUGACUUUGCUUACACGUACAAAUAAUAGAAAGGGAUGAAACCCCCGAUCGCGAAAUAUUUCGAAUGGAUAUAACUGGCGUGUUUCUGAGCCAAAACCUUUUAUUUUUUGUAUACAGUUUAGAUAUGAUACACUUAGCAUACCUGUACAAGGAAAUUUUUAGAAACGGUUAUUAUACCGAAAUUUUUGGGACAACAAUUUUGGCUUAUUUUGUUUCAACGUGCACCGCAACAGGUGGUGACGGAAGUGACGUAGUUACGCACUUGAAAGAUAUUGCGCAUGACGAAAACUAUUUUUUCAACUGAUUUAUAUUAUUAAUCAUAUAUAUUAAAUAUAUGACAAGGUCAUACAGUAUUUUUAUGAUUAGUAUACAGUUUCAAAAUAACGCUCAUAUAAAUAUGCUCAUAUAAAUUGUCACUCAUUGAAUUGUCGCUGAAUUGAAUUCUCCUUGAAUUGAAUUGUCACUUAUUGAAAGAAUUGUCACUUAUUUGAUAAUUCAUACAAAGCCUACGAAAUACAAGCCAAAAUGCACCGGUAUUUAUACUACAAAGUCUAUAUUAACCGAAUUAACGAAACCGUUUCAGAGUUUAUUUAAAUUUACUGCCAUUUUUUUCGCCCCAUAAGUGCAUGUAUAGUUUAUUUUUGAAUUUAAAUAGUCUAUUGAUAUAUCUUAAGUCUGCACACACGGCGAAGACGAGUUUAAAUCGUGACCGGUUUUGUAAAGACUGCCGUUUGGAUUUACACAGUCAUAUUAAACAAAAUUCAAAGUCGUGGAUAUAUUCACGUACGGUUGAUCGAUUCAAGAACAAUUGUUUUAAAUUAUUGAAAAGCUUUAUACCAUCUAGAUACAAGAGCGUGUGUUGCUUUUGAAUCGAGUUAUUCGCAUUUCUUUUAGUUGACAAAACGUUCCAUAUUAAUAUUUGACUAAUUUGAGUUUGAAUUUCGCAAUAUUUUUUAAAAUUUGUUAUUGUCAUUCAAAUUAUUAACCGUUAAUUCGAUUAAAAGGUCAUGGAAGAUGAUAGGUCAAUUUUCCUUCAACUUCCGUUCUACUUCCGGUUACAAUGUCGAAUUUACUUCCGUCACCAGCUGUUGCGGUGCACAUUGAACGAAAGAUUUUCGGCGUUUCAUCCCUUUCUUAUUUAUGUACGGGUUACACCCUCGGAAUCCUUUCGUAAGAUGUUCGGAAAUAGUCGUUGCAAUGCAAUAUGUUUGAAUUACAUGAAGUAGAAGGCAUGAUAUUAUCGAAAAAAUAAAAAUCAGCUAAUUUUGAUCCUUUUAUGACUAUGUCUGCGGAUUGUUGUGAUAUAAAUAUGGGAUAUUCGUUGAUGACAAGGUAUUUAUAAAACACAAUCGUACUUUUCUGCCCCCUGUGGGUUGAUGAGGCAGAUCGAAAUUGUUUGAGGUUUUUGUGGGUAAAGGAUAUUGACAGUGAUAAGUGGGAAACAGUUGUUUAUAGAUUUUGUAGAGUAAUAUUUGGAUUGAAUGCAUCUCCGUUCUUACUCAAUGCAACAUUAAGGCAUCAUGUCUCAAAGUAUCUUGA